GUAUAUCUUGAAAGACUUUUAACUUAUGCAGAGAUAGAUAUUUGUCCAGCAAACUGGAAGCGAAUUGUACUGGGUGCAAUUCUACUGGCAUCCAAAGUUUGGGACGACCAGGCAGUGUGGAACGUGGAUUACUGCCAGAUCCUGAAAGAGAUCACGGUCGAAGACAUGAAUGAGCUGGAACGCCAGUUUCUUGAGCUGUUGCAGUUCAAUAUUAAUGUUCCCUCCAGCGUUUAUGCCAAGUAUUAUUUUGAUUUGCGUUCCCUGGCAGAAGCAAAUAACCUGAGUUUUCCUUUGGAGCCCCUCAGCAGGGACAGGGCAUAUAAACUUGAGGCCAUUUCCCGCUUGUGUGAAGAUAAAUACAAGGACUUCAGGAAAGCCGCAAAGAAACGGUCAGUCAGUGCUGACAAUCUGACUGUGGUUAGAUGGUCCCCUGCUAUUAUCUCCUAACAGAGGAGACUGGAAUAUUCCUAUGGACGUACUGUUUCAUCCAUCCAUUUUUUUCGGGGUGGGCUGGGG